AUGAAUUUCGACGAAAUUCUCUCUCUCAUCGGAGGUUUUGGGAAGUUCCAGAAGAUCUUAUACAUAUGGAUUUGUUUACCUCAGAUCUUUCUGGCGUUUCAAAUGCUGGUCUCCAUUUUCACUGGCGCCGUCCCUCCUCACAGAUGCCGCUCCGCGUGGCCCUCCGACGGGGCCCCGGCCCCCUCAGACUUCAACUUUAGCCUCGUGUCCAGCCCCGGCGGCUGGCGUAGCCUGUCCUGCGCGGCCGGGUCCAACCACAGUGUCGGUUCGGGUCCGAGCGGCGGCCAAGCCACCAAGAGCUGUCAGGGAGGCUGGGAGUACAGCGGGGAGACCUUCCACAGCACGGUGGUGACGGAGUGGGACCUGGUCUGCGACAACGCCAGCCUGAACAACAUUGGCUCCUCCGUCUACAUGUUUGGCCUCCUGGUGGGAGCUGUGGUGUUCGGCACCUUAGCGGAUAAGUUCGGUCGCAGGGCCAUCAUCCUGGUUGGCCUGACCAUACAGGCGAUCUUUGGAGUGGGGGCUGCUUUCGCUCCCAAUUUCUACGUCUACACCCUGCUCCGCUUUAUGGUCGGGACAUCCGUCUCUGGUGUCAUCAUGAAUGCAUUUGUCCUAGGCACGGAGUGGACUGGGUCCAAACAGAGGAUGUUGGCGGGCGUCAUUACCGACUACUUCUUUGGCUUUGGUUACAUUUUGCUUGCGGGGGUGGCAUACCUCAUAAGAGACUGGCGUAAGCUCCAGCUGGCCAUCUCAGCACCCAGUUUCCUCUUCGUCUUCUACAUCUGGGUUUUACCAAAGUCGGCGCGCUGGUUGAUGGCCAACGAGAGGGAUGAGGAGGCAUGGGAGCUCAUCCGGAAAGCGGCCAGGGUGAACGGGAAGCCUCUCCAGGAAGAUCUGGAGAUGAGCCAGUCUUUCAGAGACAACCGGAAAGUAGAAGAGAAGAGGAAGCACACACUGACUGACCUUGUUCGAACCCCGAAGAUGAGGAAACAGUCGCUGAUCGUGUUCUACCUCUGGUUCGUCAAUGUCCUCGUCUACUAUGGCCUGUCCCUCAACAUUUCAGACUUUGGGAUGAACAUCUACCUCACCCAGAUGAUCUUUGGACUGGUAGAGAUGCCCGCACGCACCAUAACUCUGUUCACCCUCAACCGCUCCCGCAAGUUCUCCCAGCUGGCAUUCCUGGCCGUUGGCGGCACGGCCUGCCUGCUGACCAUCUUCAUCCCCGACGAUCUCGCCAUCAUCAGGACCAUCCUGGCUAUGGUUGGAAAGUUUGGGAUCACAGCUUCUCUGUCUAUUAUAUACAUUUACUCAGCCGAGGUUUUCCCUACCGUUAUCAGGCAGAACGGGAUUGGUAUAGGUUCCAUGUGUGCCCGGGUCGGCGGCGUCUUGGCCCCCAUCAUUUACCUUCUGAAGGAGAUCAGUAAGCAGGCUCCCAUGGUACUGUUUGGCCUGUGUCCCCUGAUGGGCGCGGCCCUCACCCUCCUGCUGCCCGAGACGGCCAAUAAGCCCCUGCCCGACACCAUCGAAGAUGUGGAGGGCUCCAGUCUGAGCGAGGAGGAAGGCAAACUGAAGGCGGCGCUGUACGAGGCCUACCCGAAAAACCCGGACAUCAUCAGCGGGAUCGGGACUGAGUGA